CUCAAUCUUUCCUACUCCUAAAAAAUGGCGACUCACGCGAUAACUCCAGGACGGAACCACUCCGGUCAUCAACAUGGCAACCAUCAUCCUCGGCGCGCAGUGGGGUGACGAAGGCAAGGGCAAGAUUGUCGAUGUCAUUGCACAAAACGGCGUGCAGCUGUGCUGCAGGGCUCAAGGUGGUCAUAAUGCGGGACACACCAUUGUGAAGAAUGGGAAGAAGUUUGAUGUGCACAUCUUGCCUUCUGGCGUUCUCACAGACGGCUGUGUCAAUCUGGUCGGAACUGGAUGUGUGGUUCAUGUGCCAAACUUUUUCAAAGAGAUCGAGCAAUUGGAAAAAGAAGGAAUCAACACCAAAGACCGCAUCCUCGUCAGCGAUAGAUGUCACGUUGAUCUCGACUUGCACACCAAGGUCGAUGGUCUGGAAGAGGUUGAGCUCGGCAAGGCGAAUAUUGGCACAACAGGAAAGGGCAUUGGUCCAACAUACUCCACCAAGGCCUCCCGCACCGGUGUCCGCAUGGCUGAUGUCUUCACCAAAGAGAUCUUCGACUCUAAGGUGAAGCAUCUGUAUAACGGCUACAAGAAGCGUUAUGGCGAUCUUCUGCAGUACGACCCGGAAGAGGAAAUUGCUCGCUUCGACAAGUAUCGCGAACAGCUCAAGUCGUACGUUGUCGAUCAAAUACCGCUCAUCGAUUCUGCGGUCGAAGGCAAUGUCAAGAUACUGGUGGAGGGUAGCCAGGCAGCGUUACUGGAUCUGGACAACGGCACAUACCCAUAUGUCACGUCUUCCAACACUGGUCUCGGCGGCGUCAUGACUGGUCUGCAACUGAGCCCUCGCAAGAUUGACGAGAUCAUUGGAGUGGUGAAAGCUUACACCACCCGUGUUGGAUCAGGACCAUUCCCCACAGAGUUGCAAAAUGAGAUUGGUGACAAGCUCGUUGACAUUGGAAAAGAGUACGGCGUCACCACUGGUCGCAAGAGACGUUGCGGAUGGCUCGAUCUCGUCGUUGUCAAAUUUUCUCACAGUGUGAACCGAUACGAUUCGAUCAACUUGACCAAACUCGAUAUCCUGGACGACUUCGACGAGCUCAAGGUGGCCACAGAAUACCAUCACAAUGGCCGCAAGCUCAACUCCUUCCCCACCGACCUCAGCAUUCUGGAGAAGGUUGACAUCACGUAUCAGACAUUCCCAGGCUGGAAGAGCAACACCGUCGGCAUCAAAGACUGGAACAAACUGCCUGAAAAUGCUCGCAAAUACGUUGAGUUCAUUGAGAAGUUUGUGGGCGUGCGAGUCAAGUAUAUCGGCACGGGACCAGGCAACGAGAACAUGAUCAUACGGUAGUAUGGGUGCGAAUGAGACACGCGCACAUAUUCCUUUGCAGCUCUUUCUCCAUAGAUUGGUAGGCUUGAAGCCGGGGGUUGGCAACGACGGUACAUGAGAACGCUCCAUAGCGCAGAGCGUAGACAUUGAAAAUCAAAUUUGAAUCCAAAGUCUCUGGUUUG